GACGGUGUUGUGCUUUUGCUUGCCAGUUUCAGCCUCGUUUCAUGUACUGGCUCAAACGUUGCCCUGAACAAACCCGCAUGGAUGAGUUCAACCUUGAACGACAAGCAUUCCGCCAGUAGAGGUGUCGAUGGAGACACAAGGGCUCACGAUCCUAGAUAUGUAGUCCACACCACUGAAUGGCUGCCUACCGCCUGGUGGAAGGUGGAUCUGAAGACACCAGUAGAAUCAGCACUGGUUAUACUGUACUUCAGGACAGACUUCAGGUAUAGACGUAAUGGCGUGCAGCUCUACACAUCUGAAACAAAUUCGACUGAUCCCAAAGAAGGAAAUCUAUGCCAUACUGUAACAGGAUAUCCUGACGGUACAGACAUCGAUGACGUACUGCAUGUGGUCUGUCGUGGGACCUGGCGCUACCUGACUGUCUUCUCAGAGACUGAUAAUGAUCACAAUGGAGUUAUAUUAGACUUUGCUGAAGUCCAGGUGUGGAGUACUGCUACAAACGUUGCCCUGAACAAACCCGCAUGGAUUAGUUCAGCCUUGGACGGAAUUCAUCCGGCUACCAAAGCUGUCGAUGGAGAUACAACAGCAGACCAGGACAACUACGUAGCCCACACAGGGAGAGGUCAAACUAUCGCCUGGUGGAAGGUGGAUCUGCAGACACCAGUACAAUCAGCACGGAUUAUCCUGUACUUCAGAACAAACUACAUUAUAAGACGUAAUGGCGUGCACCUGUACACAUCUGGGACAAACUCAUCUGAUCCCACAGAAGGAAAUCUAUGCGACACUGUAACAGGGCGUCCUGACGGUACAGACAUCGAUGAUGUACUGAAUGUGACCUGUCCUGGGACCUGGCGAUACCUCACUGUCUACACAGAGACCGACAAUGAUGGACAGGGUGUUAUAUUAGACUUUGCUGAAGUGCAGGUGUUGACAUGUUCCGUGGGCAUGUAUGGAGUCAACUGUAACAGGACCUGUAACUCUCGCCACUGCGUUGGUUCAACUGAGUCUUGUGAUUCAAUCACCGGGGCGUGUUCAAGUGGACAAUUCCAGACAGGAUGGACAGGAACAGAUUGUGCAGUCUGUGUGGAGGGAAAGUACGGCCAAAGUUGUGCCAGAGACUGCAGCUCCAGACAAUGCAUGGUAUUCUCUUCCAUGUGUGAUCGUAUUACUGGAACCUGUCCGGCUGGUGGAUGUCAGGACGGAUGGAUGGGGGCGGACUGCUCCACAGUGUGUGCGGGUGGAACGUACGGUCCCAGCUGUGCCAGGUACUGCAACUCGAGACAUUGCAAGAUAAAACCUGCCAUGUGUGGCCAUGUCAAUGGAGCCUGUCCAGGUGGUGGAUGUGUUGAUGGAUGGAUGGGAGUGGACUGUACUUCAGUGUGUGCCCCUGAACAGUACGGUGCUAACUGUGCCAAAACCUGCAGCUCCCGACAUUGUAAGACGUCUUCCCCGACAUGUGACCGGAUCAGUGGAGCCUGUCCAACUGGUGGAUGUGAUGCUGGAUGGAUGGGGACAGACUGUACUACAGAAUGCGCCUCCGGUCAUUAUGGAGCUAACUGUGGAAAAAACUGCACUCUUCGCCACUGCAUUGGGGACUCCAGCUGUGAUAGGAGACAAGGGCUGUGUGAAGGUGGAUGUGCGGCUGGGUAUGACGGAACAGAUUGUACUGAAGCGUGUACCAGUCUGAUGUACGGUCCUAACUGUGUCAGUUACUGCAGUGCUCGACAUUGUAAAACAAACUCAUCUACAUGUGACGGGGUGUCAGGAGAGUGUCUUGGUGGCUGCGAAGAUGGGUGGACAGAAAUAGACUGCUCCAGUAAGGUAAACUGCUCUGAUGGAAGGUAUGGACCAGGAUGUACAGAGUUCUGCAAUUCUCGCAACUGUAAAACACUAUCACCCGUGUGUGACGUCACUGGAUCAUGCGCAGAUGGAUGCCGGGAAGGCUGGCAAAAUGCCGACUGCAGGACACGAUGCAAGCCUGGAACGUACGGGCCUGACUGCAGUCGUUGUGGACACUGUGACGUCACGUGUAAUGUUGGAGAUGGACGUUGUCCAGGAGAAUGCCUGGAGGGCUUCACUGGUGACCGAUGUGAUGUAGAUGUCAGAGCCUCUGUUGCUAAAAUUGGCGUCAUUGAAGGAGCUAUAGGAAUGGCUAUAGGAAUGUCGGUCAUGCUGCUGCUGGCUGUUGGGCUGAUCAUGUGUCUGCUGAAACAUGGAAGACUGAAAUGGAUUCCCUCGAACGGAGCAGAUCCAUACGAAGGAAGUACGACAGGUUACACUGAGGAAAUUCCAACUCCUGGCGUGGGGGAUCCAGACUAUAUUGAAUUGAAUGAUGUCACCAGGGAGAGAGAGGAGAAGUCACAGUACGAUGUCUUUCAGAACCAAGUGUAUGAAAAUAAUCAAAUCUGAGAAAUGUUAUGUGUAUUGUAUGGGCUAGGUUUUGUGCCGAAUCUCUAUAUAUGAUAGAUAAAUAUAUUAUGCUUGGUAGUUUAGAUAAACAACUGAUAUUGUUAGUGGCUGUAUCCUCAAAGGGGGUUAAAGUACUGUAAAAUCAUUGUCCUCCUGCGAGGAUACGUAAGUUCCAAAACAAUUCAAGUAAAUUUAAACGUACUAUGGUUUUGAACUGCAGUGUAUAUAUUAUUUUAAUGUUAUGGCUUGAUUGUUAAA